AUGCCUGCCCUGGACUAUGAGACCGAGGGCGAAAAGUCCAGACCAGAAAGCCGAUCAUCAAGGCAACGCCACCUUGCCAACCAAAGAAGCCUUAACAGCGGAGGGGGGGAGCAAAAUGCGUCCUUGGCUGUGGAGCUUGCCUUUGAAGCUAUUCAAGCUAGAGAUAACGCCAGUGAAGUUGCGACCCUCACAUUCCUCCGAUCCAAGGGGAUUCCGGUUCCCGAAGUGUAUGGCUGGUCCUCCGCAACUGAUAACCCAAAGCAUACUUUGAAAGGCAUCGUCAACAUCGAGAAAAAGCUCUUUAGCAUACCCUUUGGCGCCAUUGGUAGCCUUACUUCAAGAGCGAUCUUGCACCCCGGUUUCAAGGCCCGCUGGCGCGACCCAAAGAACUACCUGUCUGCAAUUGCAGAGAAGGAAGUCAAAUGGAUUGGGAAAUUCGGAAAGCCUCUUGAAAGUGACUUCCCAUUCAACAUGAUCUUUCGCGGCAUGGAAUCCCAUGUGGACUAUCUGAGGCUCCUCAAGAAGUAUUUGGCAACCGUGCCGUCUCUUCUCCCGAAAGAAAAAGGACCCAGGAGCAAUCUGAUCAGGCCGAUUCUACGCCAUCAAGAUCUCGCCCCUAGCAAUGUCUUCGUCUGCCCAGACACAUUCAAAGUCACGCUAUUUGAGAAUCCCGAGCCUGGGCCUUUCGCGGUUUUGACGCCCCCGAAGUACCUGCCGGACUACGGCAUAAUGACACCUGAACAGAUAGCCCAAGUCGAUGAACUCAGGCGAGAACUGUUGAAGGACGGCGUCCGGUUGGACAAUGAUAGCAGGGACUAUCAUGCGUAUCGGGAGCAGCCGGAUGCCCGAAAAGUCCCUUCUUGUAUCAAGCAGUGUUGUAAUAAGAACGGCGGGAUUCAUGCUGCGAUUACCACCCUAUACAUAUCUACAGGGCUCGAAUGUGAAGCGGACGUCUUCGAAGAUGCGAUGAAGGGAUAUAUCACGAAUAUCCGUUGA